GCUUCUUGUGUGAAUUGGACAUAUGAAAUCAAUUCAAUUCACUCUUCCAACAUGUUCCGCCUGCCGAACAAUAUUUUACAGUAGUCCAAGAAUUUCGGAGCCUCGAAUUCCGGAGCGUACGUCUAUUUCGUCGGAUUCAUGCGUGUACUGUAAUCCAUUGGAAAGCAUUGAACAAGUUUGUGUUGGUGGAUCUGAGCUUAACAUGCGCACCACUUAACAGGCGCUUUCUUGGGCAAUCACAAACAUUGAGCUUUGCACUCCAGUUUGCUUCAAAUUACUAUCACUAAUAGCGCAUGAACAAGCCCUUACAGAACAAGAUCGCCUCCAGUAAAGUAAAACAAACACAAUCGCAAAGGCUGUUGACGUUCAAAUCUUUGCUGCUGUGAAAUGGUGAACAAAUUGCACAGGAGGGAAGCGUGUUGAAGGAAGGAGGUACGAUGGCUGCAGGGGAAGGUCAAGUGCAAGACCAAGAACAAGGCAGGGCUCCUGCAACUGCAUCAGAUUACGGCGACGAAGCGCAUCUGUUGAAGCCCCAAUCGCAGCGAAGUGAUUUAGAUCUCAACAACUUGGAUGGUGCACGGUCACCUCCAAAGUCUUUCGUCAUAAUUUUGACUCUGGUUGCUGGCAUAGGCGGAUUUCUCUUCGGAUAUGAUACUGGAGUGAUUUCUGGUGCUCUUCUUUAUAUUCGUGAAGAUUUUGAAUCUGUUGAGAAGAGCACAGUACUUCAGGAGACCAUUGUGAGCACAGCUAUAGGUGGAGCUGCCUUGGGAGCAGCUUUGGGUGGUAAAACUUGUGAUCGUUUUGGAAGGAAAACAAGCAUGCUCAUUGCCGACACAGUUUUUCUAUUGGGCUCCCUUCUUAUGGCUCUGGCACCAUCUCCAUCAAUAUUAAUUGGUGGAAGAAUGAUGGUUGGUCUUGGCAUUGGUAUUGCUUCAAUGGCAGCACCCUUGUAUAUUGCAGAAACUUCACCAUCUGAUAUCCGAGGAGCACUUGUUAGUGUAAAUACUCUUAUGGUUACAACUGGUCAGUUUGUCUCCUAUGUCGUCAAUUAUUCUUUCACUCAGGUUCCAGGGACAUGGCGUUGGAUGUUGGGAAUUGCUGGUGUACCUGCGCUCUUCCAGAUAAUUGUAUUCACCUUUUUGCCAGAGUCCCCAAGAUGGCUGUUUAGAAAGGGAAAUGUUGAAGAAGCCAUUUCUGUGUUUAAGAAGAUUUAUUCACCAGACAACUUGAAAACUGAACUGGAGCAAAUUAUGGAGGCAGCAGAGAAUGAAUCUCAGGUCGAUGGAGUUAAAAAGGAUAUAAGCAUUGGUGAUAUACUGGGUACAAAGGAGAUGAGGUUAGCUCUCAUAGCAGGAGUUGGAAUGCAGGUUUUUCAGCAGUUGGUAGGUAUUAAUACUGUGAUGUAUUACAGCCCAUCCAUAAUGGAGCUGGCUGGAUUUGCUGCUCAUAAGACAGCAUUAUUGUUGUCAUUAGUUGUUGCCGGUGUGAAUGCAUUGGGCACAGUUGCUGGCAUAUUGCUCAUAGAUCGAUCUGGAAGGAGGCGGCUUGCAAUGUUUAGCUUGAUUGGUGUAAUAGGAGCAUUAAUUUUAUUAUCAGUGGGCUUCUACCUUACCACAACAGAUGCACCCAAUGUCAUGAGACCAGAUAACCAUUUUGUUCCUGAACUUUUAUGCACAGCCGCACAGUCUAAACAACACACAUCUCGGUCUAUUUCAUGUCUUGACUGUUUGCAUAAGGCAUGUGCAUUUUGUGCUGCUCCUCAAAACAAGAUGCAACCGGGUAGCUGUUUAAUUCACAAUGGGACCGUUGCUGACAUUUGCACUAGUAGUUCGAGAUCUUGGUACACACAGUCUUGCCCAAGUAACUAUGGCUGGCUAGCUUUAGUUGGCCUCGUAAUUUACAUUAUGGCAUUCUCCCCUGGAAUGGGGCCAGUUCCUUGGGCAGUAAAUUCAGAGAUUUACCCUGCACAUUUGAGAGGGGUGUGUGGGGGAAUUGCAGCAACUGCAAAUUGGGUUUCAAAUCUUCUUGUCGCACAGUCGUUUUUGUCACUCACACGUUUGUUGGGAACAUCUGGAACAUUUUUCUUGUUCACUUGUUUGUCUGUGUUGGCAUUACUAUUUGUCUUUGUAGCUGUGCCGGAAACCAAGGGACUAUCUUUCCAAGAGGUAGAACAACUCUGGGAAGAGAGAGCAAAAAGUACGAAGAGAUGGUUUCCGUGGACAAGUAAUGGCCUUCAGUAUUCUCCUGCCAAUGCAAAAUCAAUUCCAAUGCAAAUCCUCUGUGAUUCGGAUUCCAUGCGCACUACUACCUGAUUAUUAAAUUAUAAUUACAGGCAUCCUGUCUCUUUUUAUUCAUUCUUUUCUGUUCGGAGACAUUAUUGUAUAAGUACAGUUGACAAUUCUUUGUUCAUUGGAGGCCUCCUAUUUAUAUCAUGAUUUACUCGACCAAGGCAUUAUUUUUGCCCUUCACAAAUUAAAAUAUUGUCAGUAACCAAUAACAUUCUGUCCCUAUUUAGUGACGAAGCUAUGAUUCGGAGUUCAAAAGGAGUCGGCGUUUAGAAGUAUACAGCUUGUUUGGAAGCCCAAAAUGUAAUUUGCUUUUGGGAGAAAAUUUGGAAUAUGCAUUCUGUUAUUUGCACAAGUUAUAAAUGGAUUCUGAUUUAGUGUAUAUUCUUUCAUUGACUUGAUCAAGCGUAACAGAACUUGAUCUAUGAAAACAGCAAGCGUUUAUAAUACGUGAGAAAGUUUAUUAUUUCAAAUCAUUUUAUAUAGAA